GAGGAUAUGUACUGUGCAUUAUGAUUCGAGCCGCUCUGAUUGAUGACUGCAGUUAAUAUUUACUUUUCCGAUGGGCUUAUGAUAACGCUUUAGGUGCAUGUCUGUAUACCAAGUAAAGCCAACAUCAACCUGUUGCAAAGAUGAGCGUGUGUGAGCGGUUUUGGUAGCCGAUCGAACGAGCGAAACGGGACUUGUCAGAGUCCAGUUUGCCGGAGAUAUCCGAACGAAGUCCAGUACCAUCCACGUUACUCGGUAGUAGCAGACAGCAGUCAAAGAGGCGAGCGAAGUCCACUCUAAAGUCCAAAGAUUCAAGUCAUCUUUGACCUGAUUGUGCAGGCUGUCAGGACGAGGGGGGCUUCUAGAUUCGAACCGAAGUUCACAGAGAAGUCGACGACAUGAGUAUUAAUAAAACUGAACCCGUUGAAGAGAAUGAUCUGAAUGGACAACCAUCUCAGUGUUCCAUCUGUGGCGACAGAGCGACCGGGAAGCACUACGGAGCAGCGUCCUGCGAUGGCUGCAAGGGAUUCUUUAGGAGGAGCGUGCGCAAGAACCACCAGUAUACCUGCCGCUUCGCCAGGAACUGCGUGGUGGACAAGGACAAGAGGAAUCAAUGUAGAUACUGUAGAUUAAAGAAGUGCUUCAGAGCCGGCAUGAAGAAAGAAGCUUGUUCUUCCCUUCCAGCUGUUCAGAAUGAGAGAGAUCGCAUCAGUACCAGGAGACCAAGCUAUGAGGAUGGUCUACAGAAUGGUGGUGUCUCUAUCCCACAGCUUGUCAAUGCAGAACAUAUGUCAAGACAAGUCAUUCCAAAUCCAGUAAACCUCCCUGAUGGUACCAUAGCAGGGAAGAAGAUAGCUACAAUGAAUGAUGUGUGUGAGAGUAUGAAACAACAUCUAUUGGUACUGGUAGAAUGGGCAAAGUAUAUCCCCAGCUUCUGUGAUCUGCCUCUUGAUGAUCAGGUUGCCCUUUUAAGAGCUCAUGCUGGGGAGCACCUUGUCUUGGGUGCAGCAAGACGGUCUCUGCCCUACAAAGACAUCCUAGUGCUAGGACCUGAUGUGAUCCUUCCAAGGCAUUCCCAGGAUCAGAUGGAUAUCCACAGAGUGGCAAGUCGUGUCCUUGAUGAACUCAUCACACCCAUGAGGGAUGUGGGUCUUGAUGACCAUGAGUUUGCCUGCCUCAAAGCAAUUGUCUUUUUUGACCCAGAUGCAAAGGGACUGAGUGAGCCAGGCCGUAUCAAGAUGCUUCGCUACCAGGUCCAGAUACAUCUGGAAGAUUACAUCAACGACAGGCAGUAUGACAGUAGAGGGCGCUUUGGUGAAAUCCUUCUCAUGCUUCCACCACUUCAAAGCAUCACAUGGCAGAUGAUUGAACAGAUCCAGUUUGCUCGCCUCAUGGGAGUCGCCAAAGUGGACAAUCUCCUUCAGGAGAUGUUGCUUGGAGGUUCUGCCAACGACCCCUCCCAGCAACACGUGCCUGCCAGUAUGCCCGGUAUGACGGCGCACCCCCCUCCGACCCCGCCCGGCGACCAGCAUACCAUCGUCAAUGGCCAUCUCAUGCACGCUGCUGCUGUUGCACACAGUAGUUCCCCACAUCUCACUCAGGCCUCUUCUACAGCUCAGGUGAUAGCAGAUUUCAAACUGCAGCAAGCCAGCCAGCCAUCAGUCACUGUCACCCAGACCCACAUAGGAGCCCCUCCUCCACCCCCAGCCACUGCCGGACCUCCAGCCCCAGCUGCUGUAGCUGUGACGGUGCCCAUCCCAAAGCAAGAGAGAACACAGAUCAACACCAUGCUCAAAGAAGAGGUGGUAUAAUGCCAAGAUCCACCUAUCGUACUCUAUCUCAUGCUUCUUGUCUCUCCGUCUGCAUUCAAAGUACUACCGGUGAAUAGCUCUAACCCAAAGAGCCAUUUGCUCUUGAUAUACUUUUCAUGGUUCAUUCCAUCUUCUUCCAAGAUGGGAAUGCAUCAGUUAUCAUCUUUUCAAGUGUUUUUUUUUUCUUUCUCUCUUCAUGAUAAGGACUCCUUGUAGAUAGUUGGUGUAAAAGUCACUGUUCUGAUGGUACGUUGUUGUAAACAUUCCACUUGCAAGAUGGUGUGAUAACUUGAUGACAAAUUCCACCCAUCGUGGCCUGCAUUUUAAUCUUCAUCGAAAGAUUUAAUGGUAGACAAAUGGUUAUGUGCAUCCAUUUUAUUAACCACUGUACAUCACAUUCCACAUGUAGAGUGAUUGGAAAGCAUCAUCCUUAUUGGUGCUCUUUUACCCUUAUUUGUAUCCAAAUAUCUACCACUAGACAAUUGGUAUAAAUGCGUGUGUCUUAAAACCAUUAUAUAUCACAUUCCACGAGAUUGGGUAAGAUUAGGAAGCAUCGUCCACUCUGGUGGUCUUCCAUUCUCAUCUGCAUCCAAAGAGCUACCUGUUGACAAUUGGUAUUGACAUAUUAGUCCUAGAAACCACUGUGUUUCAUGUUCCAUUUCAAAAAGAUGGAGUAAAACUAAGAGGUGUUGUGAUUUUUAGUGGUCCUACCCUUGUAUGGGUCUGGAGAUAUACUGCUAGACAGUAUUUGUUGAUCCUGCUGUAGGUGUAGAAAAAUGGCACUUCUGUCUCUGAUGUCUAGUGUGCCUGGUAUCUUAUGUGUAUAAAAGACCAUUGGCAGGGGGAUCAUAAAUCUUAUAUACCAAUGAACAUCACAUUCCGUUUACACGAGGAGAAGGUAAGAGACUCUUAGUCUGUAAGAGUCAUUGCCCAUCCUGGUGGUCUUCCAGCCUUAUCUGGAUCCAAAGGGUUGGUAUAAUAUCAUCCAAAGAUCUACCGUCAUACGAUUGGUAUGAUGCAAUUGAUCUUAAUAAGUGAGUUCAAUUUUGUCUCAUUUCACUCGCAAGAGCAAGCACGUAUGUUGAAAAGAUGGAGAGCAUACAAGAGACAUCGGCCAUCUUGAUGUUCUUUUAGCCUCAUCUGCAUCCAAAUACGUACCAAUGAGAGAUUGGCUCUAAACACCUGUACAUUUUGCUUAACAAAACAUGUUUCACAAGGACCAGUAUUUUACAUCUUUUUGCAUCCAUAGCAGUACCUGAACAAAGAUACUACAAUACUAUCUUUACAGGGCUGUAACCUAGUGUACAAACCAUUCUGCUUUGAAAUAAGGGCCCUUGGUUUUGAAAAAAAAAAAAUACAUUUCAUUUUUAGCAUCUUAUCUUCUGUGAAGAUAAAAAAAUACUUUCAAUUUUGUUUAUUAAUUUAUUUACAUAUAUUUUUUUAGAAAGAGGGGGUUCAUUUCUGACUUUUCUUAUACACAUGCAUUCAUCAUUGUAAUUAACCAGCGAGAUCAAUGCCACAGUGAUGUGUAUUUAUCACUAUCUGUAAACAUGGUCCAGUAAAUACCGUACAUGAGCAAUAGUUUAUGUGAGUGGUCCAAUUAAAUUUAUACCCCUUGUGAGCUACCGUUGAAUGGACACAACAAAAUACACACUGUCGUUUAACUUCAUGGGAUGCAACUUCUCCUAUUUCUCUUCUUUACUUAAGAUGCAUUCCACACUGCCAAAUGCCUGUAUAGGGUUUUUCCCAGAAUUCUCCUGGAAUACAUGGUUUAGUAAAAAAUUUCAGCAUAAAUGACAGGGACCAUCCAUCACCUAGAAAGAAAAUUCACUUCUUGAGAUGUAAACAAGUGUUAAACAUUCCUGUGAUUUUGGGAGUUUUAGAUAUUCUUCAAAUUAUCUAGAGACAUGGUCUCAAAUGAUUAAAAUUCAGAUGUGAUCACAUUUGGCUGGAAGAUAAUGGAAUAAGCUCUUGGGAAGAAGAAAAGAUGAAAAGACUUGUUUCCUGGUGCUUGAUGUGGCUUUAUUUCUUUGUAUGUAUGAGAUUGACAUUACAAUGUCAUAUUUCAUAGUAUAUACUGUAUAUAUGUUCCCUAAAAGUUUGCUAGAAUAUACUUGACACAUUCUACAACAUGUUCAACUCCAUUGUGGCACAACAACUUUCACAUAGGAUAUAAUCAAAAUACUUGUUCUUAGCAUUGGUUACUUUAGAUUUAUAUAUACAUAUAUAUCUUGCUCUUUACCUGUGUUGUACCAUUUCAACGCGAGUUUCCCCCUCUUUCUCCCCAUCUUUUAUAUUUAUAGUACUCCUUGUCUUUUUUCUUUUCAGCUCUUAAGUCUCCCAUUUUUUUUUUAAUUGAUCAAUGUGUGAAAAAAGCAGCAAACAGUUCUACAGUGUCAUUUCAAAAUCAAUUCUUGACCAACACUUUUUACAAGUAUAAUUCAUAAAUGACACAUUUCAAAGUUUAUACUCUCUUUAUUUCAUUUAAUGGGUCUUAUAAAAUGCAUAUUUCACACAUGUGUGGAUAAAUUCUCUUUGAAGAGAGGUUACCCCAAAAUAUUUUUUCUAUGGGUGGUAUCUAAAUUUCAAAGAGAAAAUGAUAUUUCCAGAAAUCUUCAUUCAGUUCCUCUGAUAUGGCUCUCAAAUUAAGUAAAAUGAUAUAGGAAUGAUAACACAUUGUUUUACAAAAUAAUGCUUGCAUUUAUGUAAUUUUACAAAAUAAAAUUCAAAUCUAAUACCAUUCUUAGACUGCAAACCUAGAGUGUAAACCAUAACAGAUAAGAUUUUCAUCACAUUGCUUUAUAAGAAAAAUCACUGAUUCAUUCAAUUUAUUGUCAGAUAUUUUAGCAGCUAUGACAGGUAACCAGUGAAAACAAAUAUAUCCUAUGAGACAGUAGAUACAAGCUUUGCAAUCCUAAUUUUGUAUUCUUUGCUCAUUUUCUUGAUUAAGUUGUCAUUAUAAAGGGCCAAAUAAACUUAGUAGAAAUCUUUCUCUUUCAAAUUCAGAAGUCGCCCACCAAAUUACUUUCUCUUUAAAUCAUUUUUAGUGCAGCAUCAAAUGAAGGAGAGAUAUCUAAGCUUACAAAAAAUGUUUCAUGAUCAUAAAACAUCUAAAGAACCUUUGUUCCAUUUUUACACACUUAAGGUUAGGAGAAGAUGGCUAAAGUCUCAUAAAUACCAUAUACCAUCAGACAUUAGAUAAAUCCCUUAAGGAUAUCUUGAUAUCACUCUGAAAAAAAAAUAGUAUUCAAAAAUAAUAUUACAGACAUAUUUCCUACAUUAUUCUACAUCUUCACAUUUAUACUACAUCUUUUUGCAUAUUUCCUCAUGUAGACAACUGUCAUUAGUGUUGUAUCAUAAUUGUAUUCAGUAUUUGAAUU